CCCUCCCCUCCCACUCCAUGCUCCUCUCUGUGAGAUCAAGCCUCUCUUCCCCUCUCUGAGCCUUCACUUCAGUCAACAUGGCCACACUUGUAACCUCGACCAGGUUCACAGACGAGUAUCAGCUGUAUGAGGAACUCGGAAAGGGGGCCUUCUCUGUGGUUCGUAGAUGCAUCAAGAAGUCCACCGGACAGGAGUAUGCUGCUAAAAUCAUCAACACCAAAAAGCUCUCAGGCAGAGAUCACCAGAAACUGGAGCGUGAGGCGAGGAUUUGUCGAAUGCUCAAACAUCCAAACAUAGUACGACUCCAUGAGAGCAUCUCCGAGGAAGGCUUCCAUUACCUUGUCUUUGACCUUGUAACCGGUGGCGAGCUGUUUGAGGACAUUGUUGCGAGAGAGUACUACAGCGAGGCGGAUGCCAGCCACUGCAUCAAUCAGAUCCUGGAGAGCAUCAGCCACAUCCACCAGCAUGAUAUUGUGCACAGAGACCUCAAGCCAGAAAACCUUCUCCUCGCCAGUAAGAUGAAGGGAGCAGCUGUGAAGCUUGCAGAUUUCGGUCUCGCCAUUGAGGUGCAAGGUGACCAACAGGCAUGGUUCGGUUUUGCUGGAACUCCUGGAUAUUUGUCGCCUGAGGUUUUGAGAAAGGACCCAUACGGCAAGCCAGUGGACAUCUGGGCGUGUGGUGUGAUCCUCUACAUCUUGUUAGUGGGUUACCCUCCUUUUUGGGAUGAGGACCAACACAAACUCUACCAACAAAUCAAAGCUGGCGCCUAUGAUUUUCCUUCCCCUGAGUGGGACACUGUGACCCCAGAAGCCAAGAAUCUGAUCAAUCAGAUGUUAACUAUUAACCCUGCCAAAAGAAUCACUGCUGACCAGGCCCUCAAGCAUCCCUGGGUCUGCCAACGCUCCACUGUUGCCUCCAUGAUGCAUCGUCAAGAGACUGUUGAAUGCCUGCGCAAGUUCAACGCCAGGAGAAAACUUAAGGGAGCAAUUAUCACAACAAUGCUGGUUUCCAGGAACUUUUCAGUGGGACGGCAGCACACCAGCCCCGCUGCUACCACCAGUACGGCCGCAAUGGCUCAGGAAGCAUGCAAAACCUUACUAAACAAAAAGACGGAUGGUGUGAAGAAAAGGAAGUCCAGCUCAAGUGUUUGUUUGAUGUCACAGGGAAACAACAGUAAAAACAGUGUAGUAAGCAGCAGCAGCAGCACCAAAGACAGCAGCAUGUCAUCUUCCGCACCAAUGGAAGCCCAGACAACAGUUGUACACAACCCAACAGACGGCACCAAGGGCUCCACAGAGAGCUGUAAUAACGCAGAAGAGGAGGAGAUGAAAGGUAGGAAAGCUCGGAAGCAAGAGAUAAUUAAGAUGACUGAGCAGCUGAUUGAAGCCAUCAACAACGGGGAUUUCGAUGCCUACACGAGAAUCUGUGAUCCUGGACUGACUUCUUUUGAGCCUGAGGCUCUUGGAAACCUGGUGGAAGGCAUGGACUUUCACAAAUUCUACUUUGAAAAUCUCCUGAGUAAAAACAGCAAACCGGUGCACACCACCAUCCUCAACCCCCACGUGCACCUGAUUGGCGAAGAUGCUGCCUGCAUCGCCUACAUCCGUCUGACGCAGUACAUCGACGGCCAAGGCCGACCGCGCUCCUGCCAGUCGGAAGAGACCCGUGUGUGGCAUCGGCGCGACGCCAAGUGGCUCAACGUUCACUUCCACUGUUCAGGAGCACCGGCGGCACCGCUGCAGUGAACGGAAAAUCCAGGCCCAGGUUUGCCUAAACUCUGAAGCUACUUUACCCUCCGAGGUCGGAGUGGAGCCUGGAUCCUGACUGGGUCAAGGCUGCUCGGAAAACUCAAAAGUGGGGAAAAUAUUACGAUCUAUGAAAAGGAAACCCCUCCCCCUGAAAAAAAACAAAACAAACAAACACCUGAACACACACAGAAAAAAAAAAAUGUUUCAAAAGCCUGAGUAAAUGACUGACCAACACCAAUCCAGUCCAUCCAUUAGUAGAUGAUGAUAGGGGCCCCAGCUGGUGGGGCCCUGCCUUGCAGAGGGUGCAUGCUUCUAAUGGCUACAAAACGGUGAUGCUAUCCUGCUCUCACACAGCCUUUUUCUCCCAGUCUCAGAUUUAUCUGAGUGUAAGAAAUAUUAACACUUAUAAUUACCUAAAAAAAAUUCCUGGGCUGUGAUAUUUGGUAUAAUGUGAUCACUUUUGCUUGAGCAGAGAAGAAAGUUGUUUACUUUAAUGCAAGUAUUGUUUGUGUUUUACUUAACUGGUUUAUCGAUGUGCUCGUAAGGUUCAUGGGAAUGAGUGACUAGUAUGUGCUUAAUGCCAGGAGUCAGUGUUUAAACAUGAUGUUACUGAAGGGAUCCUUAGUUUGAGCAUUUUUGGAGCAUGUGUUGAGAACUUGAUGUUGUAUCCUGAUUGAUUUUUUUUUUUCUUUUUUUAAGCAUUUUGAGUUCAUUUUUUAAUAAAAUUGGAUUUUAUUUAAUAGAAGUGUCUAUAAAGAGAUAUUUAUAUAGAGGAAAAUAGGGGGAAUGUGCUUUCUGGAUGUAGGAGGGAUACUGUGCAGUUUUUUUGUUUUGUUUGUUUUUUUAGGUCCGUAGAUGUAAAUACAAAGAUAUCACUAGACAACAUGCAUGCACAAACACAGUCGCAUUCCUCUGCUCUCUUAAGUCUAGUUCAAGGCCAGCUCAUCCUGAAGUUGCAGAAGAAUCUGUUUGGUAUGCGGUGUUUUGAUCCAAACACAAGGUGGUGCUGUCAGUGAAAUUUUGAAGCUCCUUAAAAUGUCCA